AUGCACACAGAGGGGCUCAACAAUGUAAUAAACUCAACAACUGUCGUCGCAGUCCUCAUAGCAACGGUUGCGUUCACUGCUAUUUCCAUCGUCCCAGGCCAAUUCGUCGAUAAUCCAAAAAACAUUCCUAAAGGAAAGUCGCUCGGGGAAGCAAACAUAGCGCCGCAAGCUGCGUUUCUAAUCUUCUUUGUGUUCGACUCGUUUGUGCUUUUCAUUUCUUUAGCGGUUGUGGUGGUUCAAACUUCAAUAGUUGUUAUAGAAAGUAAAGCAAAGAAGCAAAUGAUAGCUAUUAUUAACAAACUAAUGUGGUUGGCUUGUGUGCUUAUUUUUGUUUCACUUUUGGCACUGUCUUUUGUAGUUAUUGGGAAGCAGGUCAAGGUCUUUUCAGUUUCAGUUGUUAUGUCAGAUUCUGAGAUAUUAAACAAUGAGCGUACUAAAAUGUAUGCUAUUUAG